CCAUGGCUAACAAGGAGAUGAAGGAUAAGAUCAAUAAUCUUGACAUCCAGAUGCGGAGUAUGAGCGAGGUUAUGGAAGGAAGGCUUGGAUCGCUUGACGAAAGUCAAAACAAUACCAACGCCGUUGUCACACGACUCAAACAGCGAUUAGAGGAAGUUUUGCGUGCACUCCAACAGCAACCACCUCACCGCGAAAAUCCCCCGAGGCGCGAACCCCGUCGGCACGACGAGCACGCCGAUCGCACACCAUUCCCACGGCGCGAGGAUCGACGCGAGCAACGGCGCGCACGCGAACAGGAGGAGGGUCGGCGACACGAGCGUUACGAACACGAGGAGGAUUUCGAUCGGCGGUCGCAAGCGUCCACCUACCGUGAGCGGCCUAAGACCGACAAGCCGAGGUUCGUAAUGUCCAUCUUCACGGGUAGUGAUCCGGAGGCUUGGCUCAACCGAAUCGUGCAAUAUUUCGAACUGAAUGAAACCGACGGCCACGAUCGAGUAAGGUACGCAGCAUUCUACUUAGAUGGUGAGGCCAACGUAUGGUGGCAGUGGCUUUCCCGGAUCUACCGUAGGCGACAGCAGGUCAUUACAUGGGUUGAUUUUGAAAGAGAAUUGCUUACUCGAUUUGGCACGUCCGAUUACCAUAAUUAUAAUGAGGCUCUCGCGCGAAUCCGACCGACAUGCAAUUUGCGUGAAUACAUCAAGGAGUUUGAACGACUAGCCUGUCGCGUGCGAGAUUGGUCUGAAGAUGCACUAGUAGGGGCCUUCGUAGCUGGACUGAGAUUCGAUCUAGCCGCAGAAGUCCGACUGGAGCGGCCGGACACGAUGCAUAACGCCAUGGAGGUGGCCCGCCGACAAGAAGACCAUCUAGUCGCUAUGCGAAGGGGACGGGCGGAUGUGCGAUACGCUGACACGUGGCGCACGGGGCCAAACCCAGCCACGGCCGACGCACGGCCGAGCGUCAGCAAUCGGCUAGCGGGGUCGAUAGUGAGGCGGCUGUCUCCUGAGGAAGUUAAACGUCGACGUGAGAAAGGCUUAUGUUUUAAGUGCGAGGAGAAGUUUACACCAGGUCAUCAGUGUAAGCAAGCCUUUGUGAUCGAACUUGCUAAUCCCGAUGAGGAAGGAUCUGAGAACGAGGAGGAACCACAUCAGGAUAUCAUAGUUGAGGGGCCUGACGAAGAAGCAGAAAUCUCAAUGCACGCGAUGGCCGGGAUACGAGGGCCUCGAACGAUGCGAUUGCCGGCCUGGGUCAAGGAUCGGAAGGUGGUGGUGCUAGUAGACAACGUGUCAUCACACAACUUCAUCAAUACCGACUUGUCUCAGAAGCUGAACUUACCAACCACGAAUAUCGAACCUUUUGAGGUACGAGUAGCCAAUGGUGAGAGACUGCAAUGCACUAAAUCCUUCCGGAAGGUGCCAAUCAGGUUCAGCGGAGUUACGGUGAAGGCUGAUCUCUAUGCCUUACCUCUGGUUGGGCCGGAUGUCGUCCUAGGAGUACAAUGGCUCAAGGGGUUAGGAAAGGUGACCACUGACUAUCGAACAGGAAUUAUGGAGUUCAACUCCGGAGGUCAUCAAGUCACACUAAGUGCGGGCAAUGAAAAAGGUGCCAAAGAAGUAGGGCUUAAGAGUAUUGAGAAG